AUGAACGGAAGUAUCCCCGGAGUGAAAGCCCUGGUCCUAGUCAUGCAAUUCAUUGGCUCGCUCUACGCGCCAACAGUUUCAACGGCUCCACUAGAGGAGCAAGUGGAGAUUGCCCUAGCGGAGCAGCAACCGUUCACAUGCGGAUUCGAAGUCCAAGCGCUGGUUUUGUACUCAAUCGCGGUUUACUGGUACGACAAUAUCCAAAGAGCACGCGAGAUCCUUGAUAUGGCUACCAGCAAAGCGCUUGCUCUUGGCAUGAACUCCGGGCAGUUUGCAGCCGGGAACUCCCAAGGAGACCCAGUCCUAGCAGAGAGCUGGAGACGAACGUGGUGGCAGUUGUACCUCGCUGAUGCACACAUUGCAUCCAGCAAUCAUGCAACCACUUUCGGCACAAGCCAGAGGAACGUGCUUGCUACCGUCGAGCUUCCCUGUGAAGAGGCUAACUACAACUCAGGGAACAUCCCUCAUCCCAAGACAUUGGAGGAUUACGACAACCGAGAAUUCGCUCUAGACGACGAUACGGAUUUUUCGUCGUUCGCCUACCUUAUUGGUUUGGCACGAAGUCUUGACCACACCAUUAUCGGUAUUCCACGGAACUCAGAAGAGAAUGUUCACGCAAUAUGCACGAACGCAGAUGCAAGUGUGGCGGCUUGGCUGUCUCUGCUCUCCAAGUCCAAGCGCAAGUUCUUCAGAGAUGACCGAACCCUCGACGAGCUUCUAUUUAAAGCAAAUAUGUUGAUUCAGGUAUAUACGGUCGAUAUCCACAGAUCACUCUCGACCCUUGCCUACAGCGCCAUCGAAGCCGUGUCUUCUUGUGCCCCGCCUCCGCCACCUGAACGCUUAGCGCCAGUUUAUUACAGUGACGCGCAUAUUCACACUACCAAGAUCCUGCGCGCUAUCGAGAGAAUGACUGAUAUGCUCACCCUGCCCACCCGCAUAGCUGUCCACAGCCCUUUCACAAUCUGCAUGAUCGCUACGAUGACGAUUGCGCACCUCUCAGCCUGCAAGUACGUUCUUAAAGGCGAGCAGCUCAAGAUUGCCCGUGAGCGCAUCAGAGUUGCCAUGGGCGCACUGGAGGUCUUUGCAGAGGUGUGGCCGCGAGGAAAGAAGGUGGUGAGGGAGGUCAAAAUUGUUGCAAGGGAAUUGCUGAGCUUGGGAGCUGGAACCGAAGCUAGAGAGCCGACAGAAGUUAGAAGCUUACUGGAUGCAAAUGCUCUGCUUAUCUUAGAUGACAGCCUAACUAUCGAUGCGGAUUCCUUUGCGAGAGCCGAUUUGACUGGGUAUUUUGGCUUUCCGAGCUCUGACUGGGAGUUAGAAUUAGGGCUCGCAAGUAGCGAUGUGAGCCUAAGGACUGGCUUUCCCUUUGAGGUCACUGGAGUAUAA